CAGGGAAUGCGUCCCAGGGGAGCCUCAUCUUCUGUUUGCCCUCACCUGAUACGUUGCCUGGCUGAGAGCUCAGACCCACACUCUCAUUCCCUUUCCCAACACCGUCCACAACUGAGGCAUUCUCCAGCAGUCCGGUCUUCUUUUCCUCUUCUGGACUGCACUUGGGAAAAGGAACGCAGACAUGGCUGUGGCCAACUUCCACUACAUUACUCGCAUGAGCAGCGGCUUCAAGGUCUACAUUUUAGAGGGUCAGCCUCACCAGAGGAGCGAGGACAGAUUCAGACAUAUGACAAACGAGCGGACCCGAACCCCAACAGUUUAUCCCAAACGCAAGCGCAGCCAUGAAAGAUGUCUCACUUUGGAGGAAAGGCGUGAGAGGGUGAUGAGCAGAAGCAAUGGCAAAGCUGCGCAGAAGGCAGCACCGGUGGCGUUGAAUAGCCCCCAAAGUCCCACUUCCACCUGGAGCCCAACACCCAGUUCCAGCAGCCCUCUGCCCUCUCAUGUGUACUACACCCCAGUCCUGGAUGAACCUCUUGCCCUCAUCAAGAAACCCAGAAAGGACCCAGAGAGCACAGAAGGGAAGGCUAAAAACGCCGGCACAAGUCAGAGCCAGAUACGUCCCUCUGUGAUCACUUGUGUCUCCUCAUUAAGAAAGCCCACCGGGAGCUCCGAUGUCCACCAGAGUCCGUCAUCAGUCAUCUCCAAAUGCAACUACGACCACGUGGUUGAGGAGCAUUUCCAGAGGAGCCUGGGAGCAAAUUACCAGAAAAGUCACUCCCAGCAGCUCUCCAUCAGCGUGUCGGUCGAUGACCAUUUCGCCAAGGCCUUGGGAGAUAAGUGGCUGCAGAUUAAGUCCAAGUCGUCCUCCUGCUCAUCCACACCCCCCAGCAGUCCGAGCAUGACUCACUCCCCGGCCUACAUGCAAAGCCCACAUUCGUCCAUUAAAGAAUCCGCAAGCAAAUCGCCGCCGGCCUCCAGCCACUGGUCAAUUAACUGAAAUAUGACCUCUGACCUUGGCAGGGAAUUGACUUUUAGCAUAGCACGUUUUCCACGCCGCGCGUUGACCACCGCAAAGGUUUUUGGGGCUGCCGUCGGAUUGGACCGCCGUGUGCCUUCACUGAUGCAGACAAUUGUGGCAUCGGCUGGGAUCGUCUUGUUACGUGACUUUCUUCAGUUUACCGGUAAUAUCUGAGAUAGAUGCUGGUACGAUUGAAGAAUCAUCAAAUUAUUCCUUCACAUUUCCUGUGUUUGUUUCUUGUAAUGUCACACUGCAUUUCGUCGUCUUAUAUUUAUAUUGCUUUCAUCUCCAAGGUUUACCUGGCAGGCCUAUAUUUCACGUGUAUUAUUGUGAUGACACUUUGAAAGGCUUUGAAAAGUUUGGAAU